AUGAAUGACCGGGAUAUUGAGGAUAUUCUCAAUAAAAGUGACUUUGACUUCUCUGGCAAUGAAGAUGACAAUGAUUACUUGCCUCCAGAAGUGGUAAGGGCUCUUCAUCAGUCCGACGAUUCAGAAGAAGAUGAAGAAGAAAAUUUGACAGAAGCGGAACCUGGAAGGUCAGCACCGUUGUUUUGGCGUACAAAAGAAAUGCGUUGCCGUGGACCAGACAUCGCAGAUGAUGAGCUCGUAGCGCAGGGUACUUCAGAGAUGAACAUUUUGUAUUGUUUUUUUGAGUACUUGGGAACAGAAUUCUGGGAAAUGGUGGCUGAACAAAGUAACAUUUAUUCUGCUCAAAAACGUGAUCUAAAAUCAUUGAAAACAAACUCCAUUGAGAUUAUUCAUUUUGCGGGUAUGCAAUUAUUGAUGGGUACACUUAAAUACCCCCAAGGAAAACUUUAUUGGACUAGAGAUUUAUGUGUGCCUAUUAUCAGGGAUACCAUGCCUCGGGACCGAUUUUUUGAACUUCGCAAUUAUCUCCACUUCGUAGACCUGAACUGUCCAGAUACUAACGACAAACUAUGGAAAAUAAGGCCAAUAAUUAAUCCAAUUUUAAAGAAAUGCCACAGUUUGCCUCGUUCUAAACACAUGUCCAUAGACGAGCAAAUGAUACCAUUUGCAGGGCGAUGUGAGUACCGUCAGUACGUUCCAAGUAAACCUAAUCCACUUGGACUUAAAAAUUUUGUACUCGCUGCCCGAGAUGGAAUAGUGUUAGAUUUCGAAAUAUAUGUUGGUAAAGACACCAUAUCACCAGAAAUUAUGAAAAAUUUGGGACUAGGAGGCGGCAUUGUGCAAACUCUUUGCCGCACCAUUGAAAGCAGUUGUGUUCUUUACACCGAUAGGUUUUUUACUAGUUUAAAACUGGCCGAGCAUCUUAUUGCAAAUAAUAAUCAAAUAUUUCUAACUGGAACUGUUAUGACAAAUAGAAUUGGCCCAGUAUCUACGAAAUUGAAGCCAGACAAGGAGUUGCAGAGAGGGGCCUGGGAUGAAAAAGUCCGAAAUGAUGAUAACAUAUGUAUCGUGAAAUGGAAAGACACAAAAGCGGUAACAUUGCUAUCUACAUGUACAGGAGGUGAGCCAGCAACUACGUGCCAGCGUUGGUGUAAGGUUAGAAAAGAAAAGAUAGAUGUGACACAGCCAGCUGUUGUAAAAACCUACAACACUUGCAUGGGCGGAAUAGACUUGUGUGAUCGGCUCAUUGCAUAUUAUCGGAGCUCAAUGCGCACAAAAAAAUGGACAGUUAGAACGUUUUGUCACUUUCUCGACCUUGUGGUUGUCAAUUGCUGGUUGAUGUACAUGCGUUGUUGCAAAGUUGAAAAUGUGGAAAGCAAGCAUAAGCUGGGAUUGCUUCAAUACCGCUUGAAUUUGGCUAAAGCCUUGAUGAAGUAUGACGGUGGUAGAGUGGACCCAAAUUUUAUGCGUCCUGGCUCCAGAUCUCAAUCUAGCCCUGGCCCCUCGGCAGUUUCCAACUCAAAAAUCACGGACGUGGGCUGUGAUGAGCCUCCUGCAAAAAAAAAUCGAGCGGUUGUACCCCAUCCGCUACCUGAAACAAGGCUGGAUAAUGUGGGCCACCUGCCACGAUUCAUUGAUUCCAAGAACGCAUCCAAAUGUCGCCAUCCGACAUGUUCAUCCAAAUGCCGCACUAUGUGUGUAAAAUGUCAUGUUUUUUUAUGUAUAUUAAAAAAUAACUGUUUCGAGAGUUACCAUUCUAAUAAGAACUUUGGACCGCAUUAA